AUGUUCAAACUAGGCCUAAAAUCACCACCACACCACCUCCUCUCCCUCCUUCUCCUCCUCUCUAUUAUAAAUGCCACCACUACUGUAGCCACCGCCAAUACUAAAAGAUUCAAAGAAGCCCCACAGUUCUACAAUUCUGCAACAUGUCCAUCAAUCUCCGCCGAAGACAUGUGCUCACAACAAGCAGUGCACGUGGCCAUGACUCUUGACUUCCCUUACCUCCGCGGCACCAUGGCCGCCAUUCUUUCCAUCCUCCAACACUCUUCCUGCCCGGAAAAUAUUCGUUUCCACUUCAUUUCGCCCCCUUCCUCCACCUCCCUCCAUGAAACCAUCACCUCCUCCUUCCCUUACCUCCGUUCUCAAAUCUACUCCUUUGACACCUACUCCGUCUCCGGCCUCAUCUCCACCUCCAUCCGCUCAGCCCUUGACUGUCCUCUCAACUAUGCUCGCAAUUACCUAGCCAACAUCCUCCCUCUUUGCGUGCAGAAGGUGGUCUACUUAGACUCCGAUUUAGUCCUAGUAGACGACAUUGCAUUGCUAGCAGCCACACCACUUGGUACCGGAACUGUGUUAGCAGCGCCAGAAUAUUGUAAUGCUAACUUCACCACAUACUUUACGCCCACAUUUUGGGCAAACCCUUCUCUUUCCUUAACAUUUGCCGGACGCAAUGCGUGUUAUUUUAACACUGGAGUUAUGGUGAUUGAUUUAGAGAGAUGGAGAGAAGGAGAUUACACAACAAAAAUAGUUGAAUGGAUGGAGCUUCAAAAGAGGAUGAGGAUUUACGAGCUGGGUUCGUUGCCUCCAUUCUUGCUAGUUUUUGCAGGGAAUAUUGCUGCUGUGGAUCAUAGAUGGAAUCAACACGGUCUUGGAGGGGACAAUUUUAGAGGUCUUUGCAGGGAUUUACAUCCGGGUCCAGUUAGUCUUUUGCAUUGGAGUGGUAAAGGGAAACCUUGGGUUCGCUUAGAUGCUAACCGGCCAUGCCCUCUGGAUGCAUUAUGGGCUCCUUACGAUCUUUUGCAGACACCUUUUGCUCUUGAAUCUUAG